UGGAAAUAGCCGAUCUCGUAAUAGUUAAUAAAGCUGAUGGUCAAUUGGCGAGUACGGCUAAAGAGGCUGUUACAGAAUAUAAGAGUGCUUUGAAGUACUUGCAGCCGACUUCUCCUGUGUGGAUGCCAAAAGUGAUACCUGUAUCGGCAAAGACAAAGAUGGGGAUUGAUGAAGUUUGGAACACCGUCAAAGAGUACUUUUCGGUCAAGAUGAAAUCUAGUGAAUUUGAAAGCAAACGUGGAAUGCAGCGUAAAUUGUGGAUGUGGCAUCAAAUUACUUCUGAAUUAUUAGAAAGAUUCCAAUCUGAAUCUUCAAUUAGAACUCUCGUACAUGAACUAGAACAAAAACUAUUUCGCGGUGAGAUCACAUCUGGAACUGCUGCAGAUUUAGUAGUCGAUCGGUUUACCAAUAAAAAAUAG